UCACUAAAAGCACAGCACACUUAUUAAGCUUACUCACUAGUCACGAUCGCGACUAUCGCUUGCUCGCUCAGCCUAGCAAAAAUGGCUGAGCCUGAUCAGAAAAUUGAAACCAGUGCUGUCCAUGAAAUACUAGAGAUUGAAUCACCCAACAAAUACCGGAGAAAAAAGUUUGCUUUGACCUGUGCAACUUUAGCUUCCAUGAUUUCUAUCUUACUGGGUUACGAUACCGGGGUGAUGAGCGGAGCAAUUAUUUUCAUCAAAGACGAUUUAAAGAUAAACGAUACUCAAAUUGAAGUCCUUGUCGGAAUUAUAAACCUAUGUUCCCUAGUCGGAUCUGUGGCGGCCGGAAGAACAUCCGAUUGGAUUGGACGACGAUACACCAUCGUGUUCGCCGCAGUGAUCUUUUUUGUCGGCGCUCUGCUGAUGGGUCUCGCUCCAAAUUAUGCAGUCCUCAUGGCGGGUCGAAUCGUUGCCGGUUUCGGCGUUGGCUACGCUCUCAUGAUCGCUCCGGUCUACACUGCGGAGCUCGCACCGGCUUUGUCUCGAGGCCUCCUAACGUCCUUCACCGAAAUCUUCAUCAACGCAGGUGUCUUACUCGGCUACGUCUCCAACUUCGCCUUCUCUAAACUCCCGGAACACCUCGGCUGGCGACUUAUGCUGGGAGCGGGAGCUAUUCCAUCGGUCUUCUUUGCUUUCGCUGUACUCACCAUGCCGGAGUCACCGCGUUGGCUGGUCAUGCAGGGUCGGCUCGGUGAGGCCAGAAGAAUACUCCUUAAGACGUCGGAUUCCAAAGAGGAGGCGGAGAUGCGACUCGCAGAUAUCAAGGAGAUGGCCGGGAUACCGGAGAGUUGCACGGACGAGGUCGUCGUGGUGGAAAAACGCAGCCACGGGGAAGGGGUAUGGAGGGAGCUUCUCCUAAGGCCAUCACCCACAGUUCGUCGAGUUUUAGUCGCAGCCGUGGGAAUACACUUGUUCCAGCAAGCCUCCGGCAUAGAUGCAGUGGUGCUAUACAGCCCAAGGAUCUUCGAGAAGGCAGGGAUCAAGAAGAAAUCAAGUCUAUUAGGUGCGACAGUAUGCGUGGGAAUCAGCAAGACGAGUUUCAUCCUGGUGGCGACAUUUCUACUGGACAGAAUGGGAAGACGGCCAUUGUUGCUGAGCAGCGUCGGAGGAAUGAUUCUGUCGCUCUUGGGACUUGCGUCUGGUUUAACGAUAGUGAAUCACUCGGAGGAGAAGGUAGGGUGGGCGAUUGCACUGUGUAUCCUGACGGUACUGACGUUCGUGGCGUCGUUCUCGAUUGGGUUGGGGCCAAUCGCGUGGGUGUACAGUUCAGAGAUAUUCCCGUUGAGGCUUCGGGCCCAGGGCGGGAGCCUGGCGGCCGGAGUGAACAGAAUGAUGAGUGGGAUCAUAGUGACCACGUUCCUGUCGCUGUACAAGGCCAUCACCAUCGAGGGCAGCUUCUUUAUGUUCGCCGGAAUAGCGACGGUGACCUGGGUGUUCAUUUAUGUGUUUCUGCCGGAAACACGAGGAAGAACACUGGAAGAGAUGGAGGUUCUAUUUAGCAAAUGGAGGUGGACCUUGGAUGACUCAAUGAAAUGAGUAGUGAAAUGGCUGUUUGUUUGUUUCUUCAGUUGUAAUACAGUACAAUAGUGACACGAUAAAUUAGAUGACGUUUGGGGAGAAUGAAUGAAUGGAGAUAUCCUUAGCAUAACUAUCAUGAAUGAAGUUUUGCGGUACGAGAGGAAAGGUUCAGUUUCAACUUUUUGAAGAUGAAAAUAUUGAUUGUGAAGUAUUAUAGGUGUUUUGUUAUGUAUUAUGAAAUUGGAUUAGUUUUGCGGUGAUAAAUCUACUUCUUAUAUAUCAAAC